AUGUCUUCUACUCAUUCUCAAUCGCACGUCAAAAAGAUCGAAGAUUAUAGGGCGGGUUAUCCUCGUUAUACAGCCCUUCUCUCCGCUCACGUCCCAUUCUUCUUGUGUCGGCGCUUCAAUCGAAUUCGCGCUCGAGUACUCCUUUUGAAGCAAAACAAACUAUCUGAGCUUGAAGAACAAUUAGACCAGAUUGAUCGGGAUGAGCGCCGUCUUCUUUUACUAGGAAGCAACCGAUUGGAUACGAAUGCGGAUCGACUGUCGACUUUAGCAGAGAUUGACUCCAGCUUAGCGGAUUAUGGUACGUUGAAGUGCAAUAUAAGUUCGAUAUGCCAGAUCUUUGCUAAAAUAUGGAGGAUUCCAGAUGAGUUUGUUGAUAGAAGUCACCGCAUGUUGAGCCUAGACGUUGCUGAAGCACGCGAUAUCGAGAGCUUACAGAACUGGUUGAAUGGCACCGGAUGUAUUACGCGAGAAGAAACCGCAUAUCUUUCACAAUCACGUGAACUAGUACGCUUGGCUCCAUCCAAAGAUUUCGCCCUAUCGAGACUGGAGAUUUGGGUUGAAGAUGCGCUCAUUCGUUUUUACAGCAAGUUCCGCAAGAGCCCCCAAUUUGAUCUCUCGGUCGACCCAAACGUGUACUUGUAUUCGGGCUCACUGAUCAAACAAGUGGCUCGAGCGCUAUUGUUGUGCUUGAUCACGUUUCUUCUAUUGAUGCCUGUUGUCAUUUGCAACAUCACAGGCUCUACAUCGGUCCGAAUAUUUGUCAUCAUGAUAUCCACGAUUUUAUAUCUAUCUAUCCUUUUCAGUCUGACUAAAUCAAGGACAAUGGAGUUGGUUCUUGCCGGAGCUACAUACGCGACUGUUCUCAUUGUUUUUGUCUCUGGUCAGGAUGAUCAACCGCUUUUAAAGGCGGCGUAA